CGUCACUCGGGUGCCGCCCAUCAGGAAGCGUAGAGUGGCCGCCAUCUUUCGGUGCGAAUGGCACUGUGAGUUCGGCUCGUCUUCCAGGACAGCGAUGGAGCCGGCUGGGCGGCCCUCGUCUGGGGGAGGCGGUGGAGGGGGCCCGGCAGGGUCUCGGGAGUACAAACUGGUAAUGCUGGGAGCCGGAGGAGUGGGCAAGAGCGCCAUGACCAUGCAGUUCAUCAGUCAUCGCUUCCCCGAGGAUCACGACCCCACCAUCGAGGAUGCAUACAAAAUCCGCAUACGGAUAGAUGACGAACCCGCCAACCUGGACAUCCUGGAUACAGCCGGACAGGCCGAGUUCACAGCCAUGCGUGAUCAGUACAUGAGGGCCGGAGAGGGAUUCAUCAUCUGCUACUCCAUCACUGACCGUCGCAGCUUCCACGAAGUGAGAGAAUUCAAACAGCUGAUCUACCGCGUACGGCGGACAGAUGACACCCCUGUGGUGCUGGUGGGAAACAAGUCUGACCUCUCCCGUCUCCGCCAGGUUUCGAAGGAGGAGGGCGUGUCCUUGGCGAGAGAAUUCAACUGUCCGUUCUUCGAGACGUCUGCCGCAUUGCGUUACUACAUUGAUGACGUCUUCCAUGCGCUGGUGCGUGAGAUUCGCCGGAAGGAACGCGAGGCCGCACUGGCCAACGAACGCAAACUGAAACCUAAGACAUCGGUGUGGAGGCGCCUGAAGUCUCCGUUCAGGAAGAAGAAGAAAGACUCGGUGACCUGAGCAGGGGAAAAGUGGCCUGCAGGGGGCAGCAUUGCUGGUUCUGUGAUGGCACUGGGAGGCCGGCUGGAUGUAUAUAUCUAUAUGUAUGUAUUUGUCAGGCUGUGCUCCCCCCUGAUGGGGGGCCAGUUACUAACUGCACAAUGUCUGGGGCUCGCUACGUAUCCAGCGCGUCCAUUCUUCCUCUUACUAACACUGCCGGGGGCGUGGCCGGAGUCCUAGGAUGUACUAACAAUGCCGGUAACCUGUAGUGGAGCCCCAGGGAGCGCCGUACUGGAGUUGGCGCGGUCAGUUCCGUGGAAGACUGGUCCGACCAUUUGUUGAAUUUUGCACAAUUUUGUAUAUUUUUAUAUAUGGCAAUAACACUGUUUGUGAA